AUGACCGACCGCCGUGGUGGCGGGCCACCGGGCGCCGCCAUCGUGGCGCCCACCACCUCCUCGCUGCUGUCCCAACCGACCUCCGACCGAGGUCCUCUCUCGGCCAAGGGGGAUUCGGCUGAUGUCGCGUUCACCGCCCCAUCCUCCGAUGUUCGCACUCAGAGCAUAUACAGCAUGUUUGGCCGCUUCGUCAACCAGUCUCCCCCGUGCUGCAUCUGCUUUGAGGCCAUCGCCGACACCGAGCCGGACCCUGAGGCGGAAUCCGGCCCCCCGGGGCCAGCCGACACCGGGCUUCUCUUUGCCCCCCUCCUCCUGGCCACCAUCACUCCGGCUGCCUGCCGACUGCUUUGUGACCACCAGUUUCACGCAGCCUGCAUUGGAUCCUGGUUCAUCCACCAAGCCCGGCCGCACGAUGGUGCCGGACUCAGCUGUCCGAUUUGUCGGGAGCCCGUGGUAUCGGGCUUUCUCCGGCGCUCCUCGCGAGCGCCCUGGUCGCGACAUCCUCUGUCCGGGGAGCUUUUCUUGGAGCCGGCGAUGGACCCGCGCGACCCGCCACAGGCCUCGGCCACCGCCGGCCAGCCAACCGGCUCACUUUUCCGGGCCUCAUUGUCCGGGACUGGCAUGUUUCCCGAGACGCCCAGUGCAAGGCAGACCUCAUUGCAGGGGGCCGUGCAGCCGGUUCAGCCGGCCCAGCUGGCCAUCGAGUCGGAUGACGACAUAGACAUUGACAUUGACAUUGGCAUUGGCCAUGGUGGUGGAGCCGAUUCCUCCCCGCCGGUGCGUGUCCUCCGGUCGAGCACACGUUCGGCACUCCGGCCGACCCCGGCCACGCGGUCAUCCCGCCGCCGGGCGGAAACGGUCUUGACGGCGGCCCAACUGCUUGAUGCGCAUUUCAGCUCAAAUUCCGACGACUACUUCCCAUCAUCCCCUUCCUCGGGCUUUGGCUCCUCGUCGGGCUUCAGCUCUUCGUCGGACUUCAGCGACAGCAGCGACAGCGACAGCGACAGCGAUGUGGCACCCCCCUCGUCGGGCCGGGCCGGAAGCCAGCCGGUCUGGCCAUCGGAGCCGGCGACCGGGGCCCCCCCCUCGCCGGCACCGGUUCCUCCGCCACCACGGCCAGCGACUGCUCGGUCGACGCCACCCCUGCCGGCGAGGGUGUCCUCGCCCCCGCCGUCCUCGCCAAUCCGGACCCCGCCCCUUCCGCCGGAGCCGGAUGCCUCGCCCUCACGACCGGCUAUCCGUCGGCCUCCGGCGGAGCUCUCCUUCCUCCCGCCGCCUUCUUCACAUUUGUCCGACAGCUUGCCCUUUCACCGGACGCCCCCGCCCCUGCCUGGGGUCCGAAACCAACGAGACGCCCAGCGUGCUCAACGGAUCCUCCAACGCGUGCAGCUGGGAGAGCCUCCAACACGAACCGCCAGAGCCACGCCCCGGAGCGGCCAGACCACGACCAGAAGCAGCGGCCCGCGGGCGGGCCAUGUCGCUGGCACGGUCACCUACCAGCCGGCCCUGGCAGGCCGGGCAAAUCCCCGACAGAUGUCCUCCAUGAGUGGCCCCAUGCCGCGGGUGCGGAAUCUCCCCCCAGCAGCCGGGGUGACCGGGGCGCGCGGUCGUGCUCCCGAUGGCAGGAAUGCUCCGAUUGUUUUCCGCCGGCCAGGCAAUGCCACUCGUCAAGCCCCCCAGAGCAUGCCCUGA